ACCCAAGUGCAACCAACCAAUCACCCUCAAUAAAAAACACUUGUUUUCUUUUCAUUCUCUAUCAAGUCUCAAUCACUCAUCAUCAUGGCCAGCAUUAGGGUUACAUGCGUUGUUCUUAUGGUGUGCAUGGCAUUGUUGAGUGCACCGAUGGUCCACGGUGCCAUCUCAUGUGGCACCGUGACCGUUUCCUUGGCACCUUGCCUCGCAUACCUGCAGCGCGGGGGAGCCCCGCCACUGGCAUGUUGCCAAGGGGUCAAGAAUGUCCUUGCCGGUGCCAGGACUCCCGCCGACCGCAAGACCGUGUGCACUUGCCUUAAAACAUCGGCCGGUCAAGUCCCCGGCAUUAAUCUUGCCAAUGCUGGCUCACUCCCUUCCAAAUGUGGUGUUAACAUCCCAUACAAGAUUAGCCCCUCCACCAACUGCAAUACCAUCAAGUUCUGAAGAAUAAUGGAUGUGGUGGAAGAGAAAGAGGACAACAUACAUAGCCAGUUUCUAGUAGCUUUAGUUUUCAGAUAUUUAAUAAGAAUAAAGGAACGCAAGAAGUGUAUCACUUAUGAGAGUAUACUCUUGUGUUUCCCUUAGUUUCAUGACACUUGGCUCUAGUUAUUAUCUCUGUGUGUGUGUAUCUCAGUUGGUUGUUGAAUACUUGAAUGUAUUAAUAACCUAUAUAAGUAUAUAUUAAUUCCACUUUGAUUACUUUGC